AUGUUUUGGAGAAAAUCUCGCACCAUUCAUGCGAGGGACCUAACUGAUGGCAUCUUCCUUAAUCACGUAUUCUGCGAUAUGUAAGUUUCCAGUUUCGUUCCAAAUGUACAAGGUGGGUGCUGUGUGUCAGUUUAGGACUGACUUAAACGACUGGCAAUUAAUUAAUAAUACGUUUGCACUCUACUGAUUGCAAAAGGCAUAUGAGUAAUUUAAAUGUGCUUAAUACUUAGCUGCUGUUUCCUGAUAAAUUUCGGGUACACCACAAAUUUCCAUUAUAAUUUUCUUUUGCUAAGAGGUGAUGAAAUUAGAGUACAAACCGUGCUUAUAACCUAAGGACUUUUGAGUUAUGCCUUCUAAGUCUGUUUGUUCGAAGCCGCAGGUGAUUUUGAACCUCUUCGUAAUAUAAUGUAGAGCCAAAUACGACUGGAAUGAGAUACAUCAACGUCUGAGUGGCCAAAACGCCAAUACGCGAUUUCAAAAUUGGAAGUUACUCGUCAAGAACUUACAGGAAUAUUACUUGGUAUGUAUUAACCUAUCUGAAAUUUACUUUGCUCGCCCGAAUUUUGUGCAUAUACCCUGGUCAAAUUCGCACGGUAAUACAGUCAUAUGAACAGCCGGAGUAAAAACAGGCGUGGAUUUUCAGAGAUCUUUGACAAUGACAUUAUUUUUGCACAAUGACACUGCCUAAUCUAACGGUAACAAAAGUGUUAAAAGUAAAAACGUCAAGCAAACCCCGUGAACAAUUACGUGUCGUCAAAAAUAACUAUGACUUAAUCCCUCUCAAGUCUAAAUUCGGUUAUGCAUUUCCACGAUUAACAGAUAAUUUAAUGAUUACUGCAGUAAGUUCUCAGCGAUUAGCAGUUGACGAAAUUUGACUUUGGUACUUCCUUAAAACGUUUUUCCGUCUUGUCUUUAGAAAUCAAUUACCCGUAUUAUAUAACAUAAUACUGUAUAAGAUUAACAAAACUCACAUGUACUGAACGCAAAUGCUCCUGUAACACGCUAUUUUGAGCCGCGAGUCCGAAGUUUACCCAUCGUAUUUUAUUUGGGAUUUGAAGUCUUCCAAAAACAAAUUUUCAAUUAAAGUCUCAUUACCAAUUACUUUUUUCCAAGCUCGUUUGGAAUUUAGAAUUUUCUAAAACGUCCACUUUGCCACUUCUGAGAAUACAAAGAACUCAUAGGUUACUGUUGUGCAUAUAUAUAGAUUUUUGUAUGGGUGUUGUUGAAUACAGACAGUUGUCCCUAUUUUCCAGGGUUCCUCAUUGACGUCAAGUAAUCAAUGCGCAAGUGUCUUUAUGCGUGUGAUAUGGGUGGUUUUCAAAACGUAGGUCACGAAUGCAAAAGUUUGAAGCCUCAUUUUUUAGUGAUACAAUGAUUUUUGAUAAGUCGCAGAAGCUAGGGACUGUACCUUUUUAAAAAGUUAAGAAACCUUAACCGGGCUAAAUCAUAGGCAUAUAGUUAAGUGCAUGAUGAUAUAAUUAUUGGGUUAUUUGGCCUAGGUGAUCUGAAAUACUGAAAUUUAGGUCCAUUUUUGUAUAAAUACUUUGUCCGCCUAAUCCGCCGUAACCCCUCGCUCUUUUAGCAUGAAAAACUAUUCUAAACAACCUUUUAAUUACUUUAGGAUCGACUGGAACGCUUGAUUGUGAUGAACCCUCCGAGUAUAUUUCACAUUGUUUAUGCGCCAACAUCAGGCAAGUUUUCAAUAAAUUCCAAACAUUGUCUUUUCUUUGGAUAUUUGACACGAAGUGUCCGGAACUAUUUUGCCUUCUCGGUAUAGCUGAGUUUCUCGUUCCUAUGUACAUCCUAGUUAGGAACUAGCUCGUAACCGUCCGUGAUAAUCAACGUUAUGUCCUUAGCGUGUGCUUCCCAUGCUGAAUUAUACUAAUAGACGUUUUGAAGGCCUCUUUUUGCUGAAAGUUUCGUUUCAAUAUUUUUACAUUCCUGCCGCAUCCAUGCGUGAAAGGUUUUUAAUAGAAGAUCUAUUUUAGUUUCUUAUUAUAUUCAACAAGUCAGGGGUUAUCUAAACGAAUUUGCUGUGCCUUCGCUUAUUGUAAACUCAAAUAGGAUAAAUUAAGUGGAGCUACUGAAAUGCAGAUUGCUAGUUCUUCAAGUCCCGUAUAUGUGUCUGAAUCACUGAAUGGUUCGUCUCCAUAUUCAGAAGUGUCACCUGUUUUCUCGUUUCACAAAUCGUCUUUUCACGCUGGAAUAAAUACUUCGUACUGCAUAUUUUUGCAUUCAGCCAACAAAACUUGAAUCCGUAGCUUUCGGAUUCUGUUUAUAGCGAAUUUACUGAAUAAGACCUACGUCUUAGCUCAUAUCCAUAGUCGGACCAUAACUUGCUUGCCAGAAAGAAGAAGCAGCGUUCUCUAGAUCACAUAUGAUUGUACUCUGACGCUACCUGGAGUUCGUUCUCACUGUUUAAAAUGCGUGUUGGUGAUAAUUCUCCCUCUGACUCUUCAGGUGCAGCUGUAGUUGAAAUCGAGAAAGCGGUACUCCUGCUUCUACUGGCUGCCAUCAAAUGCGAACACCGGGAGUUCUUUAUUCGCCAAAUAAUGGAGCAACUAAAUGCUGACGUCCAGAGGGGCAUAAUGCAGAGUAUAACCUGUGUAAGUACAGUCAAUGAGUCGGCACGUCGAAAUAUCAUGAUUUGCCAUUUACACUACUUUUCAUUGAUUACCUAUCGAAGUUGUUAUUCGCGAAUUUGUGGCAUAAUAUACUAGAAAAUCCAAUCAGUUAGAUUUUUCCUAUAUGAGUCCGCAUUUUACAUUUUAAAUGACGUCUGAGUCAUGAGGAUUAGCGGUUCUAAAAAACAAGGCAAUUCCCCGAUUAUUAACACGUUUUUACAAAUUUGUAGCUCGGCAACACGUUUGCCACAUAGUUCUAAAUUGCAUGGAUUUUCUACGUUCAAACUUAACUAUUUCCUCUGGCCAUUCCAGUUCACGGACGGUCGUGAAGGCGUGCUAAGUCUUGCUGAUAUCCAUGACCUGAACCCUGAACUUGAAUUGACCUUGACCCGGGCCAUCUCGAACAGAGAAGAACUCUAUUUUCGCGUAAGUUACGCAUAAUUAUAUGAUCAUUUGCAACAAAAACACCCAGGUCUUCAUAGACAGCCCCCAUCAUUCCCCUAAAAAGGUUUUUUUUGAAAUUCUCUUACCGCAUUUCUGGAGGUAAGCCAAAUUCGAAAGACAAGUAGGUGCUCACGUAGCAGUACCUUAUCGCUCGUUGACUUAAAAAAACAAAGGCUUAGGUUGGUGCCCCGUACCUGUCUUUUUCACAGCAAGGCCAAAAUCUGAAAGCAUAAGCUACGGCUUGCUUUGUUUACACGAGUAUGCAUACACGGGGUCGCAAAAAAUUCAAACGCCCGAUGGAUCAUCAAAAAGUCCCUGUCUGCUACGGCACAUAUCAUUUUCAAAAUGCAUUUGCUUUUACAGUUGAUACCUGUUCUGGUCCAGACACCCUAUUAACGCAGGGUAGUGGAAUCACAAACCUCAAGAAGCAUUGUUUGGUAUCUGAGUGCAUUCUUGUCCGAAGGCUACUCUCAGCUCAGCGAUUAUUUCUGUUUUUGUACCAUGAACUUUACUGUCGGUAGAAGCGGAUAGCUGAGUUCGGGGAAGUAGCUCAGAAGAAGAAGAUGCGAUUUUUGGAACAAGAACGUGAUCAGGUGGUGGCAUUUAAAGAACAUCUCAACGCCGUCAUCCCGGACAUGCAAUUAAAGAUGGAGGAGAAAGAGUAUAAGCAGCAAGCCUUGCUUUUGCUCUUAUUUGCCACAAAUACUGCAGUGGUUUAAAAACCAGUGUUAAGGGAAGCGAAUAAUACGGCACAAAUACUGAGCUUCAACAGCAAUCAUCUUAUCAGGCACAAAACAUAGUAACUUAAAGGCGUUAUACCGGCGUGUCGAGAUACAUUGCAGCGAACCGGAAGGUACGGUUUCUGAACUGCAGUAUCCUCGAUAGAUGCUUUAAAGCGAAUGGUUUUCCGCUCAACUUUGUCACACGGUGCAUGCGUAAACGCAACGAAAAUCGAAAUUCGGCCGGCCCCAAAUUUUUGCGAGCGCUCUCAUACGUUAAGAACGUCUCUAAAGCCUCCAGUUGCCAUCUCACACCACUUGGGUUUGGAGUUGCACACAGACCGGGGGCAACCAUCAGGUGCCAGGUCAUGGGUCCGAUAGAUCCACUGCCGCGGCAGGAAACGUCCCGAGUCAUUUACCGGAUCGGGGGCACUUGUCGGCAAAGCAAGUACGUCGGAGAAAUGGAAAGAUUAAUCCGGACGCGAAUAGCCAGACAUGCAGCGGAAGUGAGGAGGAACGACUCUAGCUCCCAGCUCGCGACGACACCCAGCCACACCUUCAAGUUUGAUGGGGCCGAAAUUCUCUCAAGAGCUGGCAACCGCGUGAGCCGCAAGCUGUUUGUGUCAUAUUCUCCCGGCCGCAUUCAAUUAACAAACACAAUGACCUUCCGGCUCCAUAUAAUGUGAUGCUAUUUUGCCUGGGCAAAAUAAUUAGCCGUGUGGGGAGGGCGCGGCUGGCCAACAGUUCCGGUGACAGUGAGCCAAAUUGCCGAGUAAUCUUCACAUCGAUAAUCCACAGCCGUGGUGAAAUCACGGCCAUUAUAGACUCAGGCAAGGACCGAAGCAACCACCGCAUCAAGUACGAUCUUUAGCGAUGAACCGGAAUCACGUUAACUACUGUAAGCAUGUGGUUGUCGGACAACUGCGUCGCUUAAGUACUGCACUCCUUGUGCCUCUACUAGAAUUUAGUGUGACUGUCUCUGAUGAUGGGUUCGAGAAAGAAUCAGAAACGUCAUGCCACUAAACUUACUGUUCCAGCGAUCGCCUCUUCUUCUUCGGUGGACUUUAGCCUUUGAGUAUAUCGAUAAACAAUAGUAGAGAUGUGAGAUCUGAUGAAAGAUGAGGCUGUUUUAGGCAACCACUUUGUCCACUUCGUCUGGUUGGCAGGACCUCAUAGGGGUAGUCCCUUGCAACUUAAUGGUGGUUUGGAUGUACUCCAUCCUGCUGAAAACAACAGUCUUCAUCUUCAAAGACCUCUCUAAUGAUUUCACGAAAGACUGUCGCAGUGGUUUCAGGUAAAUGGGACUAAUUCCCUUAGCAGCCAGAAAGAAUGGCCUUAAUGCCGCGUCACUAUUCGUCUACCGCACAGAGUUUCUUCGACUUUUAUGAUACGUUUCCAGUAUGUUUCUCGCUCCGUGUCACUCGUUGAUGCCUGUAGUCCCCGAAGCGCAUCAUGUUGAAAUUCUGGAUAGUUUCAUUAGCUCCGAGCUUAUCCUCAAUUUAAGUGGCGACAGGCCACACACGUGGGCCUGCUUGAAAUACCCUACUAAAUUGUCUUUGUAGCUGAAUCACUUUUGAGAACUUCCAAUAGCAUUUUAGGAUGAAUUUUGCCUGUUUGCGUCUAAUUGCUGCAGCCGUUCUUACUUCUAGCGAGUAAAAUCUGGAAAGGAAAAGAAAACCAACUGGCUUGACAUUUAAAAUAAAACAAGAUUCCAUGUGAUAUAUAUGUUAAAUAAGAACAAAAAUAAUUUGCUUGGCCAUCACUCCAAUGCAAUGCAAGCACCGGUGACUUUUCGAUGCAUUAUGUCAACUACAACGGAGUAGGGAAGUAUCCUUUAACAGACAAUCGUGUUGACUAAUUCUGAACACGCUAUUUUCAUUUUCUCUCAGACAGUCGACCAUUUUUGGCAGUUCACAGUUCGGAAAACUUUCUGACUCGUUUUUAUACGUUUCUGACUGUGGGCACAGGAUAUAACUCGGAAAGCGUGCGCGGGAAGCAUCUAAAUGGCUGAUGACUUUCUGGCGGUCGCUUACUAUCGAAGUGUAUUAUCUACGAUAUCCUCGCUAAUCACUGUGCCCGGCGUGUGGCUCAACUAGAGUUGGAUUUUUAAACUUCGCAGAACCGCCUAAACACAUAGUAGACCUAACAUAACAAUGCUGUUUCAGCGAAUGACGGUACGUGGUCCGAAACCCCCUCCUCCUUCCUUCUCGCGAUGAAACUUUACCUUCUCAUACAGCAAAAUUCUCACUAAGAGAUUUUGUGGGAACCAGGUCGAUGAGCGACCGCGCAGACCACUCAUUGCCAGAAAAGCUGUUUUAUAUUACUCUUCACACUUUAAGGAAUGCCUGCGAGAGUGAAGGUUCAUACUAUUUAUUAUGGGAUAGCAAAGUUAGUAUGGUGCGUUGGUAGUUAAGUGUUGGAAAUUCCAAAAUAAAUUUCUUGCAGAAAGUCAGUGAGUCCAAAUCACUGCUGUAAAACUGUUAUGUUUAUCCCCAUGUUUCAAAAGCAGGAACUGCACUUUAAUAUUCUUCCUCACAGUCGGAACGGCAAACAUUCUGCUGACGCAUUUGAUGCGGAUACAGGAAGAAAGUUACUGUAUGUUUACCGUCACCAUCUUCAUAUACAACCAUACUGCUCCCACCCAACGUACACAUCCUUGCCCAUUUUCAUUUGGCAAGGAUGGAUGCGUCUGCAGACAUGCCACAUAUAUUCUAAUUUGGGACGGUAGUAGGACUUUCCGUUUUGCCGUAGGGCUAAAGCUCCACUGCCCACGUCAAUGGUUGCAUAUCAACUAACAGUCAAUCAUGGUUCAAAACCAAGAUUUUUCGUCUCCGUGGUUGUACUCAAGAUAGCAAACAAGUCUGAAAGGGUCCCCCUAGUCCUUUUUUAUGAUAUGCUCGCAUGUCGUGCUGAAUGUGGCUCUGAACUGUUACGUUCCAGUUGGCCGAGGAAGUAAUCCUCAGGAUCUGUGAUCGUCACCCAGACUGGACGCCCACCAAGGGUCGCUAUUCCGACGGAGGAGGACCAACCAGCUCCCCAAAGGAGAACGGCGCAAAACGCAGUCAUUCUCUGGCCUCUUUACUGGACCUCCUCGGUGGUUCCUUCAAAGGCCCCUGCCCUAGUUCAGUUACUGGUGUCACAGAUCCUGACACCGCCGUCCAUAUCAGACACCACAGUGGCUCUACCCUGACAACAAGAUCAGAAGAUAAACAGAAUGAUGGGAAGAAAAUUUUUCCAGAGGUUGUGGAGGCGAGUGAUGAAAACGAAAUGAAAAACCUGAUGGACUUGAUGGAAGGCAGUAGUCUUGAUCGAUUCCUGGCCUCUGUGCACACGUUUGAAAUCGGGAAGGGACAAAAGCAGGUCAUUGACGAAAUUCUUGAUCUCAGGUCCAAACUCAGAAAGCAAGGUAUUCAAAUGUAAGUUCUAACGUACUCAUGUAAACGUUCAGAACAAACGUGUCACCGAUUAAUGCUCUCAAAAUUGUGAGAUAAGGUGGCCGAGGUGUACCAUUUGACAUAGGAGAAGCGAACAAACUGCAGCAUUGUAGUAACAAACAGCAUAAGUUCUAGAGUUCAGUACUGAGCUUAACAUCAUUAGUCCUUAUGGCAUCAGAUGAAGACUAGGAUUAUCGUCAUAAUUACUGUUAGUAUUACUGCAAAAACAAGUACCAAGCUUACAAUUCCUAGCUACCUUCAUUAGCACACUUUGGUUAGACUGGUGUAACUAUAGACAUUCGUCUUGGGUAACUGUCAGUCGAUAGGCUUCUGAAAAAAUCCAGAACACUGGCAUGCAGUGAAACCGAGAAUCCUUUUCAAGAACAGUUAUAUGACCAUUUAUUUUCUUAAUCUGUCUUUUUACCACAUGUAAUGGCUCAUAGAAACACUAGUUGACAUUCAUGCGGACAUAUUCUCUGUCAGAGUCGAGUACACUUGACUCGAGACGCUUAGUCUUGCUUACAUUCCUGCUCACUUUGUACGUGUGUGCCCAUGAAGGUACACAUCUGGAGGUAGGCGAAAAUGCACGCACACGGACUGUUUGUUUUGCAGCUCAGACCAGACGGACGAGUUGGCGGAGUUGCAUGAACAGUUAUGUGAAAGCCAGCGAGAGCUGAGUCAACUGCGAGACGAGCGGGCCCGCCUGGCCGAUGCUGCAGUGUGCGCCCGGCACUGGCAGGACGAGGCCGACGCCGGCCAGCAGGCUAUUGCGCAGCUUAAACAGCUAGAGAAGGAAUUCGAGAAGCUGAAGCAACGUCUCGACGCUGCGCAGUACUACAAGGUGAGUCUCCGCAACCCACCAUUGGACGCGCGCGCGCACGCUCGCGAGGGUGGACAUGCGUUAUUAAACGCGCACUGCAUUUUCGUUAUCUGAAGAAGAAGAAGAAAAUGGGCUCACCGAAACAGGUUUAUUUAGAUGCUGACGUUUUAAGGAGCUUGAUCGGCUCUCCAGUGUCAAAGCGUAAAAUGCACUUAAUCGACCAGAAAUCCCAAGUGGCGUGUCACGUUGGUCAGCCUCGUGCUGAUCGAUUUUCCUCUCCUCUCGCCGCCUCGGCCUCUCGGGGAAUGGUCGGCGGGCGUUUUGUCCGCGUGCUUUGUGAGCCACCACUCCGUUAUCAUUACGUGAAGAUGGGAAUUAUGACCUACUCAAGUUGACGCAGCCAUUAGAAACCACCAUGGUUGAUCAUUAUAGGGGAGUCUUUAUGCAUGAUAUUUUGCAUUCGUUUCCGUGCUUUAAGAUUUUGAAACGGUGAGGCUGAUCGUUGUAAAACCCAAAUUCGAUUAAUACCUGCCCAGCUGACUGAAGAAUUUAAGUACACGCUAUAUUCUGAACGCGUGAGCACAGAUAUUAGCAUUAAGCGUUCAUGCUGAGAGAUCACGUUCGGUGGUUUCUGCCAUGUUUGGACAGGCGGAACGCAGUUUUUUAGCUUGGCCCAUUUGUAUAACAGUUAAACCGGAAAAGGGAAUUACGCCGAAUACAUGUUUUGCGUUCUAGUGUCCUUGAGAAAACUGUCUUUGUGCCCCGUCACCUCACCCACUGGGAGUCCCCAUCUCCCAAACAAACCUCCCAUUGUACUCAUUAUCAGAGCCUUUAAAAAUAAAAUCAAUAAACGCUCCGAGCAUAAAAGAUGCAGCGAUUUGUUAAGCAGACUGGUCCGUUUCGUUCUAAUUUCGCUGUAUUGGCCGUGAAAAGUGUUUACGAAUUCGCAGGCAGAGCGCAUGGACUAAACCUGCGACCCCAUCCAAAUAUUAUAUGAGGAUAAAGCAGAAGGCCAACUGGAUCCAAGGCCUUUACGAUGCCAAUUUCAUUUUUGUAGAGAACAAUUUCAAAUUUGUCAAAACGGACAGCUAGGCAGGACGAAUUUCGGUUUGCCUCUGGACUGUCAACAAGCCGCAGUCCAAGUGGAUGCUUUUAAUUCAGGCCACUAACGAAAGACUCCUGGAAGACUGAAACAAACCACCCUUUUGAAGCCUAAGCUGUAGACGGACAUUCAUGACGUAGCGACUCUUGCUCAUUGCUAUGAAAAUUCGGUAAGAUGUGAUUUGGUAGCCCCACCUAAUGGACACAAUACUGUUGAGGUUGGGGUUAUGGGUUAGGGGUUAUGGCUAGGGGUUGGGGUUAGAGGUUAGGGUUAGGGGUUUAGGAUUGGGGGCUAUAGUUAGGGGUUGGGGUUAGGGGUUAGCGCAACUAUUUCUCAACCAUUGAAAGUACAACCACGUACUCCCAAUAGCUUUUCUUUUACAUACAACUACUUGACCUCGUCGCCUGUGCGUUCCCCGGCUUCACCUGUAUAAACACCUAUUACCACCGGUCCCGUAUUAGAGGUGACCGAAGUUUGUUUACUUCAGGUGAGGCUACCAAACCAUAUCCGACCGAAAAUUCAAUUGGUGGAUAGAAAAUCAGGAUGGAAUGUGGCUGAUUUUAAUGGAGUUCGCCGUCUACAGGCGAGAAGAGAGUUUUAAUCGGUGGUAUAUUCAUCUGAGCAGUUUUGGGAAGGGAGGUUAACUUCAUUUUGUUAUCCCCGUCUUAACUGAGGAAUGGACGAACCUGGGUUUGGGCCUCUUUAUUUACUCCGGAAAACAUUUACUCAGUCUAUAGCAUUAAGGGUCAGAUCAGUCUCGUCAAGGGCACCCGGGAAGAAAAGAGUUGCCUUAACAAGUUGUCAGAAAAAUAUCUCAACGUCGGCAAAGCGAAGUCGAAUGACAUGCAAUCAGAUAUCCGAUACCAGUAUUGACCAUAAUUAGAUGAAGAGAAGUUCGUGAAAUGUGGUGUCUUGUUUACAUUUUCUUCGCGAAAAUAAUUUUUUAAGAUUACUACUUACUCUAUAUUUUGUGCCAUGGGAAUAUGCUCCCGAGAACAACUUUAAGUACCAGGUUGGCUUUAAUGAACGGCCAGCUUAUAUUGCGAAUAGCACAUGCAACUUUGGGAUAUGGUUUUGAGAAGCCCAGCUAUUUUCUGCUGAGGGACUGGGCGCUUUUCGUUGUCUCAUUGAAGUUUAACUGCGAACGACAUAGGGCCCAUUAAUUCUCAUCAUUAAAUGGGUGAGGAGACUUUUCGAAGAGUCUUAUUUUACGGGAGAUCGACAUCCCUAUAAUACCGACCUAUUGAGUCUACCAGGGAUUAUCCUAAUUGCUUUAAAUCUGUGAAUCCCAACUGUCUUCAUGUCUGAUUAUUCUGAGGGCAAGGAACCCUCUUCCUUAAAAUACCUUCGCGUCGCCGAUGUCACAAGUGAGCAGACAGCAACUUUUGUAAAUAGUUUUGACCUUUAAGGCUGACAGUGGGAAUGCUGGUAGCUUGGAGCAAGGACAUUCUUUCUGAAGUUGACCCGCAGAUGUCCUGUAUAAAGCUGGCUAGUAUUUACCCACCUUACCAUGUCCAGACAACUUUUAAAACCUCGUCAAAAGGGUUUAUGAAAUUUCGUCUACCUGCAACAGUACGUUUCGUUAGAGUUCUAGGCGUCUAGUGUCCUAUUUAGGGCACAUAGAGUUCAUUUAAACUGACCUAGAGACAGUAUACUCAAAAUCGUCCGCGAAAACCUGGUAGCGACUUCUUUUUCCAAGAAUUGCAGUCUCAUAAUCAUAAUAUGCGGGUUCGGAUCUUGCGUGGGCCUUGCUAUAUACGUAUAAGCCAUUUUCAUUGCACCAUUUCACAUCGACCUUAUAGCCAUAGUUUUUGCAGAUACACCUCAAUACAUAUCUUCAUCCAGGUUUAAGUGUUUGAUAGCAUCCGAAUCAUACCUUCUUUUUGGAAAAGUUUGGAAACUUCAAUGGGCUACUUCUCAUAAUAGUAUAAAUGCUCCCAACCUUAGAUUCGUUGUCAGGAACUUGGCGAAGAGAUUACAGUCCUUACCGAAGAAUGCGAAAGUUUGAAGUUGCGAGUAUCAAAAGAGGAUGAAGAGGGGACCAAACUGCGUCUCCUUGAAGAAAAACUUCUGGAGAAGUCGAAAAGAAUACUGGACCUUGAGUGGGUAAGUUGGAGUCUCGCUUUCUGACAGCGUAAGGGUUUGUCAUCAGGUAUUUACUCAAAUCAGACGUGCUGAGUCUCGAGAGUAGAAACUAACAUUUUUACCUGGUUUCACUUAGCAACAUGACAAGGACCUGGAGGAAAUUCAAUGGAUGCGAAACGAACUCACUGAUCUGCAGCUGAAGACGAUUUCAUCAGUCCGACUGCAUCAACUUUCCCCGCAGAGUGGUGAGGGCAAUGAUGAAAUUAGUGAGAUUAAUGAUCAACUGAACCUUUUGCUGCCCAACCAGUCAACAGAGGCAGGCUUGCUUUCGGUUGACCUACCAACUCCUCCACCACCAAUGACAAUCGACUCUUCGUCUGCUCAGGAAGGAGGCCUUCAUAUCACACAGGUUAGCAUUACCUAACGGUCAGGUUGCUUAAGUGGCGAAUAAGUUCCAUUUUACACUCGGCUCGGGGGGGAGUAUAAAUCAAGCAACUAUUUCAAUUAAACCACAAUUCACAAGAGCGUGGCUCACGUGCGGAGUCACUAACAUGGGUUCCACUGUCAAGGGGUAUUACUGACAAGAGUUAUAGAGAGCGAAAUGGCCAGUCGUGCCGCCAUUCCAAACCUUGGGGUCCUGAAUCUGCAGUGCAAAAAAUCGUUUGUAUUCCAACCUCUACUUAGGGUUGGUCGCAAGCGCCACUUGUCCCGUUAAAAUGAAAAUAACUAUGGCGGAGAAAGCUGCUGCGGUUUAAUCGCCUUCGGGCAGCAGUUCUUCUAUGAGAACUGAAAUGGAAGCGGUCCCAGAAGAUAAACUGUGUGUAUGCUUCACCUUCGUAACUAUUAUUCUCCGCCACAUAAUAAUUUCGGAUUUCAAAUUCAGAGAAUAGAGCAGAGUGGCAUUUCUUAUACCCCCAUGUGGAAGCUAAUGAAUAUUUCAUUCGCAUAUUAUACAUAGAGCCAUGUGAAUUUAACUGUGAAAAAAUGGCUUUUUAUUAUAUGGUACUUAUAUGGACACACGGGUUUCGGUGAUUUUCAACCCGCUAAACCCAUUCUGGUGUAUAUCCAACUGCUGAGUUUUCAUUAGUGGCCACGUUUUGGCGCAGCGAAAACGACCCCCAUAAUAGGUUGUUUUUCAUGCCUAGCAAAAUCGUAAGUAAGAGCGGAAGAAUAUGCCGGUAGAUUGCACCUCACAGAAAUUCGUGAAUUAUAACUGCCUGAACCGAGCCCGAGAACCCGAUGACUUUUGGGAACCGCUGCACGACUACGGGUCAGCGUCUCGAAUGUUUUAAUGCCGUAAAAAUGAAGUUGAUAUGGUAUAAAACUUGUUUCAUGUGAUUAUUCGGUAGAGUUCACGAGAAGCUGAGCAAUAAGUGUUGUGUUCCAAAUGAAAAACAAUUUAUUUGCAGACCAAAAGCAUCUCCCUGUUACACAAAUUGACCAUUUCUGUUUUAUUGUGGCCGUGUCCUUUUUAUACGGCCGUUUAACACCGCGUUCAAGUUAAUUAAAUCAACUUUGAAUUGAGUACCUCCUCUUCCGUUCAAAAAUUUUUUCAUUGCCCAACGCUCACUCCUAAUGACCGCCCCGACGUGAGCAGGUAAAUUACAGGAAAUAAUCGAUAUUAUCUAAUUCCCUUCCUCGACUUCCGUGCGGAACAUUUCUGGUAAAUCUUAACCCCAUGUAGCCAGCUUUCAGCAACAAACUUAUGCAAUAAGGAAGGCAAAAUUAAUUUGGAAUGUAAUAGACUACGAACUAACAGGGAGUGAUUGGAAAUCACCGCAUUUGGGGCAACAUUUGAAAUGACUGAAGCCGAGAGCUGAGAUAGAGGGAGUUACAGUCACUAGAAAGGUCCUCCUGUUUCCAGUAAUUCGCUUGUGCCGCUGGACUAUAUUUUAGGAUUUACUACCCUACCAUCCAACUACUCUGCAUACGUUCCGGAUUUCCUUCCCUGCUCCCGGUCAAAGAGGUCCUCAACCCCGACACUUCUAAAUGCGCUGAUCGUAUCUGCCGGACGGCUGCUGAGUGGGUGCUGAUAGACAGAAUUUCUGUUUCUCAAGGCCAUGGACUGGUCGUCAAAGCUGCGAAAACUGAUAGUGUUCAGUUUUGUUGAUAAUCUCCUCUCACCAUUUGGAAUUGUUUCAAUUUGGUAAAAUGCCUGGCUCGCACAGAUCCUUCUGUAGGCCCACCGUCAUAAAGAUGUGGCUACCUUAGAGUCUGGCGGGCAGCAGCCGAUCAGCCCCUCCGACCCAACAUCUCUUUACCCCCUUACUUUCUCCUCCCGCCACGGGCUUAUCAGAGGAGCUUGUUUUACGAGCAUGGCCCGCUGACCCCGCCCUGUGCGCAUGCGACGUCCACCCAACCUCAUAAAUUAAUCCCAUUACUCUGAUGCAUUGAGCGCGACCUUUAGGGUUCACUUAUGGGCUGUAAGGCGAGAGGUUGGCCGCAUGCCUGUGGGCCAACGAACCGCUGACGGAUGAACAGCGACCGCUGCGAAAGGCGACGUCGGGUGAAUGACGCAUCCGUGUGACACAUGGUUAUUCUGCCUGGUUUGGGGUCCUGUCAUCUGCAUUAAUUAUUUUCGCCCUGCGGUGGUAUGCAUGUACACGCCAACAGGACUGACGCACAGCCAAAUGGAGGGCUGUUUGGUGCGUUCGGCGACUUUGAUAGGUCCUCAUGUGGGUGACCGCCCUCAAGCUGCCUCACGGUCCUUUCUUUCUUUCAUUUUUCCACGUUAUGCGAACAUACUGCGAGAACUGGCCAGUUAGUGCUCGAAUCUGAGUGGCCACUAGGUUUCAGCCUGUUGUUUAGGGCAAAAAUCCCUCCGCUCUAUGUGACUUGGUGGGUAGAGUAGUUUUGCGCACUACCCAUCCACGUAGAUACAAGUAGCACUUUAAAAAAGUACUUUCAAACAGCCAACAUUAAAGUCUAUGCGUGCAUAGAACGACAAUUAGGCCGUGGCAUACGACGAUGUCCGUUGCGUGCCCCAUGGAGUUUCGCAACACCAGUAACGUACGCGUAAAUUUGUUUUGUAGUGAGGCAGACUUGCGCCGCAUCUACCACACUCCCUCCUCCCCCAUUCACCUUGCUUCCAUAACGAUACUAUUUCAGGACGGCCGGAGGUUGGCACGGGCGCAGUGGCUGACAAAGUUAAAUAGACCAUCUACACAUGCAACCGCAGUUGCACUUUACACACAGCGUCAGACGUAGAAUGAUGCAUAAGCACACAUUUCGAGUCAAACAACAAUGUUCUUACUCCACUCGAAGAAAGUGUUUAAACAUGCUCGUUUAGUCAAUGGUCUGUAGCCGCACUGAUCCCAUCAUAGUCUUUAUGAAUCAUCUCCUCACGCCCGAAGUGCCUUAGCAUGCGAUACCCACACAAUGCUGUACAUGUACAUAAGCGGUGAUCGGGAGGCGAGGUCUGACUCAUAGCCUGAUGAGCCCUAAUCCCUGAGGUUCAUAAGUGCUGAAAUCAAGAUUUGUCAAGCAAGUUUGUGAGUGCCGUUCACUGAUGUAACGUUCAUCUGUGUGUCUCUUGACUGGGAAAUUAAAAAAGCUCAGACACUGACCUAGAGUCACAUACGUCAGUCGAGUUUGAUUCCUGGCUUGGAACUAUGACGUCAGUAACUCUGAGGUCAUGUAUCCGUCACACACUUUGAUGACUCCAGUAUCGGGAUACCUAGAGCCACGACGCAGGGUUAGAUCGCAGUUGGUAGCCAGGAAUGGGGAGGCGGACAGCCAGGUCCCUGUCGUACGGGAAUGGUGUGAAAGAGGGUUAUAUGGGUGGGGUAAAUGGAAGGGCUGAUAGAGGAAUGCUGGAGUUUCUGGGUAAAAGUAAAGUUACCAGGGAAAGUGCUGGGAAGUUUUAGGUAGGUUUAGUAAUGGCAGAAAUUGAAGCCCUAUGCGUAACAUUAAAAUCCAACUCUGACCGCAACCGUAAAGCCUAACCCUAAGCCUCAAAACAGAAACGUAACCAAAAUCCUAAAACCCGAAGCUAACACAAAACCUAGCCAUAACCCUAACCUUGACCCUAACCCUAAUCUUAAACCUAAUCCCAACCUUAAGCCUAGCCUUAACCCCAACUCUAACACUGAAACCUGACCCUAAAUCGCGAACCCUAAUCAUAAAACUUAACCUGCUCCUAAUCCUAACCCUCACUAAACUUAACAGCCUGACCGAAACGGGCGACCUACCUAACUCGGUAAGAGCACACCUACUGAUAACAAGUUCCCUAGAUAAGGUAAGCAUACCUACUGAUAACAAGUGCGUACGUCGACAGUAUCGACAUAUAAUGUCUGGCUACCAACCGCGAUCUUACCCGACGCAGUUGUAGCGAGUAAGACACCACUUGCAAGGUGACACCUGUCGUCUUCACUGAUGGCUUGUGAUCGGUCAUAGUGUUGGGAAGUCUCACACUUUUCUGGAGCAGUUACUCUGCUCAUCAGUGCGUCAGCCAGAGUGAACUGUUAGCCCGAACAAAUUCGCAAAAGCAAAAGUCAUCAUGAACUCCUAGGACAACAGGCAAUUAGUUAAGUCUCCCAAUUUUCGCCUUCUGCGAAUUCAAAUUUAACGAUUAACUUUUCGAAAGGCUACAGCUGGUGGCUCCUACUUUUUGGCGAUUUGGAACAGACAUACAGCCGAAUCGGCGUCAUUUCUUGAAUUCUCGUCAUUCGUCAGUUGUACACGGACGUUAUAACUGUGUUUCACAUCGCCAACACCGUCUCAUUGGUUUUGAGAGUGAGAGGUUUUAUUGGCUUGGCCUCACGAACUGUAGUGCUAUUGCUCCUCCAGUGAAUUACUGGUUUUCUGGAGGAUGUCCUUUCUAUCGUGCACUGCAUGCGCGUUUUUUCCGGGUAGCAAGUCGCGUAGCUUCUAUACUAUGCGAGGCAACGAUACCUGAGGCUAAACAGGGCUCUGCGUCUAGGAUCCCCUGUCAGCCUGAGUAAAAACGAUGUCAUUUUCAGCUGUGAGAUGUACACGAUUGAUCUAACUCCAGUCUAAAAAGGCUUCAGACUGCAACACCUUCAUUAACUCCCGAAGAUCUUAGGAAGGCGUGUUAGGUACGAGGUUAUAGCUACCGCAAUGCUCUGAACCACGUGACUAUCUAAAUUUGCUGUAACUUUUUGCAUCUAUUUUUACGGGCUUAUUCAGUCAGUCUUUCAAGAGGAGGUUAAAAGUUCUCGCCCAUGAACUCGAGAUGCUCUGGCAGUAUUUAACUCAUCUAUUGGCACUCCAAAGGGGACUGUUUUGCUGCAGAAUACUUGCAUGGAUGCCGCACGUGUGUGUGACAUGCUUUAGGCAGUGACUAUGGACUACGUCAAUCACUGCGUCCAAUGAUCUAUCUGGGUCGUUUGGAUGAUAGAUGCUUCGGAAAAUACGCGUGUUGCACGUGGAUUUAACCCCGAUAAGCGCUCCCAUGUCUGCUAUCAGUUAUUUUAUCAUCGUCUUUGUUUGUGACGAAAGACCUAUCGUGAGACAAUCACAAAAAACUGGACUACGACUCGUCUCCGAGGCUGGUUGUUUAAACGACCUUGUCGGACAAAUUCUUCAGUAACGAGUUAUUUUCGGGACGUCUCCACAGAGACUGUAUCUAAGCCUUGUUGAUGGCUCCUCGCAGGAAAAACUUUUUCAUAUGCAGACCAACCACACUUAAAUAAAUACAUGAAACAACGAGAAAGGUUAGAAGAGCUAGUUUCUGAAACAAGGACUUUAUUCGCUCAAUUUUGAACAUUUUCGUCUUGGGCAAUAGCUCGAGCGCGAAUCAAAAACGACAGAUAGGCCAGAACAGGUGCGACACUACGUGUCGACAGUUGCGCAAAAUUCACAUCUCAACUAAUGACGUGAAGGAAAAUAAUACCGUCGUGAAAUAACAAUGGGGUAAUUGGGAUCUAUCGCCGCCGAUUUUUAAUCACUGAUUUGCGGAUGCUUCAGCAUGAUACAGCAAAAUAUUUGCCGAUAGUUUAGGGCUUGUCCAUAAUUUCAUCCAUAAGGAGUAACUUUACUGCUCCGUCUGAGUUGGGCCUCUAUCUAAUGCAGUAGAGUUGAUAUGGUUCAUCUGCUUUACCCUUUCCCACGGCUCAACUCAUGCGAAGGAAUACUUCUUUCAUCUCCAAUUCCAAACGACUGUUUAAAUAGUUUUUAUUUGAAUUUGAUUUACUGGAUUAUGGCCUUAGAGUAUCGAAUUCAUCUCUCUUCACGUAAAAAGUCAGCACUGUGAUAACUCUUUGAGUGCAUAAUCUUGUCCGAGCCUUAAUUAAUCACAGAAUUUUUUGCCACGAGAUGUCCAACCAUCCUCCAGGUGCCGGUCAUUAUCCGUUUACGUCAUAAACGUUAGUUUGGAUUUUGGCUGCUGAACGUGCGCCAGACCUGGGAUCGUCCUCAGCAGAAUUUCUGCCAUGUAGCGAUUUUACAGCUUUAUUUUACUAUAUGGGCUACGUCGAAUACAGAUUCUUGCAAAGGUUGCCCAUGCCAGAAUUACCUUUUGAAGGCGCCAUUUGCGUAGUGUGAGAGUCAGGGAAGGUGAUCGUGAUUUUGUUUCAUUCUCAUCAUGCGUUAUGCUUUUACCUGGAAAAACACAAACGCUUAUCGGUGAGUUGCGGAAUCGCAUGAGUUGCAGGCACUAAUGCACCUGAACUGGACUUAGUAUGUCAUCCACAUGUACACCAACGACAAACUCAUUUUUAAAAAUAUUUUCUACCUGGGUUCUUACAUCAAUCCUUGGCGGCAAAGACGAUUCGGAUUUUCCAUGAGUUUAUUUGACAGCAGGAGGCGAAAACUGUGGUUUAUUCUGUCAUAACCGUUAAGUCAUAUGAUUGUCAAAUGGCGCAUUUCCUGACUAAAAUGAUUUCAAAACACUAAUGAAAGGCCCUUGGCGAGUUUAAAGUCCGGUGUUGUCACCAAAUCUCGUGGUUUCCAUUACUGAAGUCAUCCACUGACUCGUUGCUUCAGUGGAAGCUGCCUACGCCCUAAGAAAGUAGACAAAGUCAUACUGACGUCAUGCAUUAUUCGGAGUUAACCUGAUAAACAAGACUACCCCUGCAAGUAUUAUCGUGCCUACUUUUUCCUGACCGAGCCGGCGGGAUUUCUGAGUCUCUUGUACAGGCAUCGCUUACUUCUGGCAGUUUGGCCCGCCCGACAGGACCCUAAGUAUUGGUAGAUGAGAGGAUGUGGCUUAGUCUCUUGAUUUGAUAAGCAAAUAUCAAAAAGUGAAUACUCAGCGAAACUGAUCCCACGCUAGCGCACAUUCAUAAUCAAAAUGAAUAAGAGGGGGUUACAGCGACCGCAAACAUCUUUCAUCGGUCCAAAAAGGGAAGAUAGCACAUUGGAAACUAAGCAAACGUUAAAGUCAAAUAAUCGAAUAUUGAAGAUCAGUGAGGUGGAACUGCCGUUUGACGCGUUUAGGUACCGCGUCUGCCAUAUCAUGUAGUGAGGCAGUUUUAUUCAUUCGAUUUUGCACAAUUUAAUUAUAAGCGCAGAAGACUGGUCGAGCACCAGGACAGUCUGUAUAUUGCUCCGGGCUUUCGAACUCGGGCACGAGUCCCACGUCAAAAAUAGCAGCAUCAGUAGAACGAGCGGCAAUUAAAGGGCGUGCUAGUCAGUUAUCGAUCGGUAGCGCGGGGUUCUACGCCGACGUCCGGUCGAUAAAUCGAUUGUCCGAGUUCUCUUCCAAAGCCCGAAAUGUUUUAUCUGGCACCACACACCUCUUCCAGCUCUAUCAGAUCAUGUACACCUUAGUAUGCAUUGUUCAAGGAUAUUUUUAUCCUAAUCCCCAACUACCGUGAGUUGCAACCUGCCCGUGUGGGAGGCUUCUACAGGUCUUUGAAGCCUAUGGCAAGAUUGUCGAAGAGCAUGGCCAUCAGUUACGUAGCCUUGUAGCCGUCUGUAAGCAGGCGAUAGGACAGCUCCCCAUUGCUUGUACGAUCUCGCCAGAGUUCCACGCUCUCAAACGCCGAAAUCGAAGAUUGACAGAGGCAUGCGUGUCGUCUGCUCAAAUGCUGCUCGCUUCAUCACUGUAGUUUCGACAUGAAGGAUGGCAAAAAUGUUUGAUUUUAUAUGGAGGAGUGCUCCUUAUGACUUUUUUUCGGCGAACUUCAAAAUUUCCGAAAAUAUCACUGACAUCUUAAACGUUAGCUUCAGUCUUCCUCGGAGGUAAUUCACCAUGUGGUUUUGCCAGCCCUGUCGAUGGCCUCUCUGACAAAGUGUUCUCGCUGCCAAUUUUUCUUAAACCGUCCACAAAAAAAUUAUAAUGCAAUGACAGGGGACAAGAAGCCCAACUUUUAUUUUCAAGGAAGACUGAAAAAUAGAAUACUUUAACAUGACCCUUUUUCCCUUCGAGAAUAAUGUAACUUAAAAUACAUAAGGCAAUAUUGCAUUUUUCGAAGUAUUAUAUUUUUCACGCACACAUGCUGAUUUUCCUUGCAGGAAGUCGAGUUCGACUUUGAAUUAUAUGAGAGACGGCUGAACGCUGUUGAGAAGCAACUAUUUCAGUCUUUAAGAUUGCCAGAUCAGCUUCAAGGACAAUUUGCCGUGGAUAUGGAGGAACAGAAGGAUGCCGGGCUCUUAAAAGAGGACUGUGGGUUUGUGGAGAUCUCUUGUAAACAGAAGCACAAGCUGAGCGAAAGGCUAAACACCUUUAUGUGCCAGCUGGAGGAACUGGCUGCUGACAUUGAAAAGACCUGCGAGGUUAGCAGACGUCGAGAAUCAAGGCACGAGUAAGUUUGGCUUUAUCUGUCCUACUUAACGCAAUUGAGUAUUCGGUCUUCUUCAGACAGAUAGGCAUUUUUUCUUUGCCUAUUUCUCGGGGUUAGAGUUUGGGAGUCUGGGUGGAUAGGAAAUAGGAGAAUAGGAACCUCCCUCCACGAGGCAGGUGGCCGUGCGCUAAAUUCCAGGAAAGUUACUUAUUCCUCUGUCCUAUCCUUAAUCUAACCCCUGAUUUCCCUAUAAUUUAGCGUAAGGAUACUCGCAUUACGGGAAUUGCCUGCUCCCGUGUCCCACUGUUUUGACUCUGGUAGUUUAGGUUUUGUGCGUAUUAGCAUCAUCAGGUCGCCACAUCGGUCCACACUCUGUCCUUCAGGUUUUGCGGACGACAGCACGCAUCAUUAGUUCUGACAGGACAUAUAUCGGUCUUAAUUAUACUCAGUAUCUGCAGGCUCCCGUCGUUUCCUUCUAAAAAGGGAUUGAAUUGCUCCAUUUUCAUCGGUGUGGUUUUGGUGUCUUGGUGGACUCGAUGACUCCAGCCUCUGGCAGUAUGGCUUCACUGCGAUUGAGGACUUUUUAUUUUGAGCUACCAAGUGACCGUUCGCUGUGUGUAUUGCGGAGGGAAAAAUCGAGCAUUUUGGGAUUUUUAAGAACUGUUUACGAGAGUCACCUUAGAACUCUGGUUAAUGUUAAGUUCUUACAGGUCAUCCGCGGAUUUACUGAGACCGCAUACCUAGUAAUUCAGGGGUCUGAGAUGCGGAUUCUGUACAAUAACAUUUACUUCAUGACCCCAGAAUGAAUACAUUGACUUAACAUUGAACAUUUUGUCACAUCUACUUGGCGCCCUAUGUUACCUGCGGAUAACAAUGUCUAACGCAUCAUUACCUGGAUGUGGGUUACCAAAAUCCAUUGAGGCAUUAAGACACUACCGUGUCCUACACGUCUAUGGUUUGAAAAGCGAAGACAACCACUUAUCUUUGACUUCUUUACACAGCUUAAUCCAUAAGUACAGGCACAGACUUCUGCGACGGCUCGACCGAAGUAUCCAUAAGCACCACCUUCACUGCUGAGCUUUGUCAGCCUUAUGAAUUAAAUGACGAAAUUUCUUAUCUCUCUUGUUUGACUGCACUGCCCUUGAGACCUACUUUCUGUUAACACCUAACAUUUCUCUCCAGUUCAGACCAAUCUUUUGCUCAUGCAGGUCGACCCAGACGCCAAAUGUGGUACAAACCACGAUUCGGAGCACACAAACAGACAACUGGUCUAAACCCACAACCAGUGUUAGGGAAGCAGCUUCAACGACCAACUCUACAGGUCUCAUGAUGUUCUGCACAUAUGCUCCUUUGGACAGCAGUACUGAGACCAUUACAGACCCAGUGGAUUGGGCGUCAAGAAAUGAGUUUUACGCCAAGUCAAGCCAGCCGGAAACUGCCAACCAGAAAUCGCAGACUGUGAAACAGGUGUGACACCCGUGUUUCCUUUGUACGGAGAAAGGCGUUUGCGCUCUCGUAACUAUGCAAAUUAACCCACCCCAUUUACUCCUUAUGGGAUCCUUGUGGAUUUUAGGUUGCGUGGAUUAUGGACAGGCUAAUUUGAGCUUAGAGGCUCAAGACAUUUUCGUCAACAGAGCCACAUGUGUUACCACCGUACCCUUUCUUUGGUAUGAUCUAAUGCACUGACUGAAAAUUGUUAUUAUUGAAAAAAAGGAUAUGACGAGGAGUAAAUUAGUCGAGGUAUAAUGGAUGUAAAAUCCCCCGGGCCCCUCUAGGGACAGGCGGAAUUCGCAUAAUUGUAGGCACCGAUAAUUGGGGACUGCCUUGGAGAAAUUAUAGCACUUAUUUGAGGCUAAAGCAAUCAUUCAAUUUAAAUAAAAACCUCUUAAGACAGUUUGUUAUCGUUUAUCUGCUAAAGAUCAAUGACGCGAAAGAAAUGAAAAGUUUUCUCGUCGUAAGGAAGAGGAGAUUUGCGUUCUGAUAAAAACAAACUAUUUGGGCUACCAUAUAGUAGCCCAAACGCUCCGUGAGUCCUGUUUCGUUCCAUCCUUAAGUGAGAACAAAUAUAAGAGGGACAUCGCAAACGUUGGAACCGCAUAGUUUCUCGGGAACACAGCGCGCGACAUGCACUGAUUUUUUAGCAAUUUUUUUAUUGCAAGUCUCGCAAACUGGAAAGAGUCUUAUUUUAAAAGAGAACGCAUGAUAAGUCACUCGGAUGAGCUAUUACUGUCAAAAAGCUGUAUACGCUCAGCUUGGGAAUGGGGUAUCAGAGGCUGAUAAAGUGAAGUAAGUAGCAAAUAGCUAUUCCCGUGUGCCUUUUUAUUGACAACACUUCCCUUGGCUCUUUAAGGACAAUUUUCUACUUGUGUUGGAGUUCUACAAUAAUGAAAGAUAUUUUAACCCAGACUGAUUCAAUGAUGUCGCGACAACCAAUUCUAUCAGCAAAGGAAACGAAACGUUGCUUUAGUUGCGAGCCAGCAGCAAGGGGAUGUCGAUUAUUAGUACAACGGACCGUUUGUCCUCCAUAACUCAGUCCGCAUAACAGUCGGUGCAUAAUCGAUUAUCAGCAGCUUGAUCCACUCCUGGGAUAUCCGCUCUGGGGAUGUUUCAACUCCAUAUUUUGCACGGCCUAUCAUAGAACGUGGUUUAUUUCUUUCAUUUACGAUGUAGUUAGAUGUAGGCAAGAUAACAAAACAAAUGAAUUCAAGGAAACAAAUUAAUCACCGAAAUGGAGCAACUGGUGAGACAGCAUUUUCUAUCUCAGGCCUAAAGCCAUUGCUUUGUCCUUGAAAGUCAGUUCUACUCCCUUCUGUUCUAGCUCACUUCCGAUGCGGCGGUGCAAACUGCAGGGCAAAUUAACUAUUCGCUUUCGCAGUCACCAUCGCGGCUCUCUGGUCCUGACAACUCAGCCGUCCAGACCAAUCGUAUUUCAAAGGCCUCAGGUGAGCCACGCCUUGUAAUCAAAUUCAUACUAAAGUAGUUAUUGGGCUUUCGUUCUUCGCUUUCACUCUGUCUUUGCUCUUGUCCCAGUUGAGCCAACCGCAGUUUUCACUAGUCUGUGA